AUGAAUCACAACACCAACAUCCACUUUGGGAACCGGACACUGAUCCCACACGAUCUCCACGGCCGGAGUUACCAAGACCCAGCCGUAAGCAUCGUGCCACAUCCGUUCCCUCCCAACCGCGCUCAUCCGACGUUUGAAGGACCUAGCCGAGACGAGCAUCAUUACCAUCAUCAUCAAAACCGACCUCCGGUUUAUCAUCAACCACCUAGACCAGUGUUGCAUUCACACCACGACCAUGUUCUCAAUAGGCGGAGAGAUAGCCAUUUCGAUGCCGUGCUUGAGGGUUUCAUGGAGAGCCAAAGAAAAACUAGCCGCGACAUUGAGACAAAGCUAGAGUUCACGCGAUACGAACUAGAUGGAAGACUUGGAGAACUCUCUACCCAAAUAGAGAGAGUAGAGUCAAGAUGCUUGGACAUGGAGGAAGAUUUGAAGAAGCAAGGCGAGGCCAUUGAAGACAGUAGGAGAGCGAUACACUUUACCAAAGUUUCUACCAAGGAGAUGGACAAUCACUUAGAUGAGAAGAUCACAAGUCUUGAUAACAACCUCGAUGGCACCACCAAGAGUCUCAAUUCAAUAACAGCAGUAGCUCAUCAAGCUAAGAGGGAGGUAGCCGAAGUAACCCUAAAAGAGAGGCAAUGUUACUCGACGAUGCUUACAUUGGUGGAAGGGCAAAAACAAGUGAAGGCACAAAUCCGAGAUUUACACAUCUCUCUAGACAAGAGGAGCCAAGAUAUUCAAAGAAGAGCUAGAGGGCUUGAAGACAAAGUAGAUGGAGUCUCCAAGGAAGUCAAGGAUUUAACCACUCGCUUAGCCAACUUGGAAGAGAAGGUCUUGACCGAGGCAAAGACGACCGUUCUAAGCACAACCAUGCCGCAAAGAGCCACAAGGCUAACCACUGGAACAAGAGAGAAGAUAGCACCAAAAGGAAGAACCCUUACUCAAAGGUCUUCACAACCGCCUCCCACCAAGGAGAAGAGGAAGACAAGAUCAUCACUUGAAGAGAUCAUAGAUGAUUUCAACUUUAUGGCGAGGAGAUUCCCUUAUGGUGUGCCGUUUGAUAAUGCUUGCAACAAGAGUCCAUUCAUGCAAGACCUAGCUUGGACACAAGAUUGGAGUCUAGCUGAUAUGGGUAUAUCAGGAACGCGGCCCAUUCAAGAACUUGGAGAGCAAGCUCAAGCGGCUAAAGAGAAAUGGAAACUUUCCUCUUCUGCGCGCGCUCAACUUUGCCGACCUAGACCCGCUCUCUACCUAUAUAUACUUGCUUUUAGCCUCUUGUAA